GUAAAACACGUGUCCAACUUGUGUCCGCCUCCCUCCUCCUUUUCCCUCUGGCUUUCGUCCCUCCUCCCUCCUCGCUCCUCCCUCCUCCUUCCUCCCCCUCCGCUCUCCUCCCUCCUCCUCCUUCUCCUUUCUCCCUCCUGCCUCUUGCACGGUCUACGUGAGCGUUCACCUCCAUUACUACCGUUCGAGCUGUUGCUGCGUAAAUUCUUAUCCAACCCGUCUCUCUCUCCUCUCUCUUCUCCUCCCUCCUCUCUCCAUUCCCUCUCUCCUCCUGCAUCCCGCCGCGCGGUAAUCGGCGGCGUUUUUGCCGCCGCCGCCGCCGCGGUGCGGAAGUCGGCGGCGUGCUUUUCAGCGACUGCCGUCCGUUGUCGAUAACUCCUCGUCACACAACGAAAGCGGGAGAGAGGGGGAGAGAGGAGGGGGAGAGAGGAGGGGGCGAGAGGAGGGGUGGAAGGGAGGACGAGGCACAAGGAGAGAGAGAGAGGAGGGGGUCAGAGGGAGGAAGGAGUUCACCCACCCAGCCAUCCCCAGCUACCGAGGAUGAAGCUUCUGCGCAAAAAUCUGACGAAAGAUGGCGGCGGAAGCGUCAAGCUUGUCCCCGACGAUGCUGAAGACCUCUGGCAUGCGUACAAUCUGGUGGCAGAAGGAGAUAUGGUGAGUGCCACAACGGUGCGCAAGGUGCAAAAGGAGACGUCAUCUGGAGGGAGCGAGUCGGAGAGAGUUAGGUUAAAUCUGUGUGUGGAGGUGGAGGCAAUCGAAUUCGAUUCCACCGCCUCCAUUUUGCGUCUAAGGGGGAAGAAUGUUACGGAGAACGAACACGUCCGCCUCGGGGCUUAUCACACUCUAGAGCUGGAGCAGCAACGACCGUUCACACUGCGCAAGGGUCAAUGGGAUUCCCUGGCGUUAGAUAGGCUGAAGCAGUGUACGGAUCCCUGCGCCAGUGCUGACGUGGCAGCCGUUCUCAUGCAAGAAGGACUGGCCAACGUGUGCCUUUUUGGCGGGAGCAUGACUGUCGUUCGCGCGCGAAUUGAAUCGGCAAUCCCGAGGAAGAGAGGCGCCGCCAUAGCCGGGUACGACAAAGCUUUGAAUCGCUUCUUCGAAAACAUCUUGCAGUCCAUCUUACGUCAUGUCGACUUCUCUAUCGUCAAAUGCUUGAUUCUUGCAAGCCCAGGAUUCACAAAGGACCAGUUCCACAGUUACAUGUUGUUGGAAGCAUCUAGACGGGAUCUGAGACAGAUUAUCGACAACAAAUCGAAAAUAAUCUUGACCCACGCAUCGUCUGGGUACAAACACGCUCUCAAGGAGGUGCUGGCUUCCCCUUCAGUGCAGGGGCAGAUCAAGGACACUAAAGCGGCGAAGGAGGUGAUGGCGUUGGAAGAAUUCUUCUCGAUGUUAUCGAGCGACUCGGCCAGAGCUUUCUAUGGAUUGAAGCAUGUGGAGGCGGCGCAGGAGAGAUUAGCGGUGGAUGUGCUGCUUGUAACAGAUUCCCUAUUUAGGAAUGCCAACGUCGCGACAAGAAAACGCUACGUGGCACUCGUAGAGAGCGUCAAGGAGAGUGGAGGCCAGGUUCACAUAUUCUCGUCCAUGCAUGUCUCUGGGGAACAACUUGCGCAGAUGACUGGUGUUGCUGCCAUCUUGAGGUUUCCUCUUCCUGAUAUCGAGGAUAUGGAACUCUAAUCUCCCUCCCUCCCUCCCUCCCUCCCUCCCUCUCUAUCCCUCCCUCUCCUUUGCUUACUCCCUCCCACUCUUCCUCCCUCACUCCCUCUCUUUCUUUCUUUCUUUCUCUCGAGAGCGAGCAGAGAAUGCAUUUUCUGUUGCCCCCGGUCACAGCUGGUAAGGUCUCCUCUUCCAGAUGUCGAGGAGAGAGAACUCCUCUCCCUCUCUCUCUCUCUCCCCCCCUCUCUUCUUUCUCCCUGGCCCCGAACCUAGUCAGCCUAUAUCCCUUAAACCUCUUCGCCGUUAUGACCUCUCUCUCUCUCUCUUUUGUACUCUGCAAGCCUCCUCGUUUUCCUCCUCCCUCCCUCCCUCGGAUGAACAGAUGGAUUAGGUUGGGGAUGUGUCGAGUUCCUACGUUGCCUCGAUGAUUGGUUUUUGUCUUUCGUCAUGCCGCUGAUCCAGCGGCGAUCGUCUUCCCCAAAAUAGAACGUAUAUGGUCAUCACUUCUGUAUUUGGACUGGAAGUUGCCCCAAAUACAGGCAUAAUGACCAUAUACGUUCUAUUUUGGGGGACGAAGGUAGUAGGUAGGCUCCUCUCAUUCUACGGCUUCGGGGACAGAUGAUCAAGGCGGUAUAUGAGAGAGAAAGGAUGUAGGAACGCAUCCUGGCAAUGCACUUAUACCAUCUUUCCGUCCAGAUACAUUCAAAACCCACCGCACGAGAAUGGCGAUGGCGAUAACCGUUUUUGACGGCUGUAAUUACCUCUCGCAAGUUUAGACGAAGGGCAUCCUGACAAUGCAUGUAUUCAAUUUUUCCGUCCAGAUACAUUCAAAACCCACCGCUUGAGAAUGGCGAUCGCGAUAACCUUUUUUGACGGCAUCGUGUGGUUUGUGACACUUUUUUGAGCGCAACCUUAUCCGGUCGAGCGAUUACCGUUUUCCCGCGAAUACAACGUGCCCUCGUUUUGUUUGUAUCUGGACGGAAAUAUUGUAUACAUGCAUUGUCAGGAUGCGUUGUGUGCGGGGAAAGAUGGUAGUUGGCAAUUUGAGAGCACAGUCGGUCACAAGUUUUCCUCGUUCGGUUUCUUCUUGAUUGUCGGUGAGACAGCUUGACUGUAUGGUGAUUACGGGAUGGAUUGAUUGAUUGAUUCAUUCAUUCAUUAAUUCGCAUUGUUUGCUUAGCAUUUGCUUACCUCGUUGAUUGAUUGAUUGAUUGAUUGAUUGACUGGUUGAUCGAUUGAUUGUUGGUGGAUUGGUUGAUCAAUUGAUUGAUUGAUAGAUCGAUGGAUUGAUUGAUAGAUUGAUAGAUGGAUAGAUCAAUGAAUUGAUUGAUUGAUUGAUUGGUUGGUUGGUAGUAGUUGGUAGUAGCUGCAUCGCUCGGUUGGUUGGUUGAUACAAGAUUGCAGCGAAGCACGCCCGCUUUUUCUUCCCAUCCAGGGAGCAGAGAGAAGGCAAAAAACCCACAGUCAGAUACACACACACACGGAGGGAGGGAGGGAGGGAGAGAGAGAGAGAGAGAGAGAGAGAGAGAGAGAGAGAGAGAGAGAGAGAGAGAGAGAGAGAGAGAGAGAGAGAGUUGGUUUAUACGAGAUUGCAACGAAACACGUCCGCUUUUGCUUCUCAUUCACGGAGGAGAGGGAAAGAAAAACCCCACAGUCACAACAAACACACACACACACACAGAGAGAGAGAGAGAGAGAGAGAGAGAGAGAGAGAGAGAGAGAGAGAAGAGAGAGAGAGAGUCGGUUACUCUUUGAGUAUUUCUACGACGAGGGCGACACAGAGGAGAGAGGAACUGAAGUGAAGUGGUAGAUAAGGUGGUGGUAAUCCGUCCUUCCAUCCCUCCAUUCACCCAUCUCAAUCCAUCAAUCCGUCAAUCAUGCCCACUACCAAAUCCAUCACUCCAUCAAUCCCAUGCGUCGGUGCGGACAAUCAGCAAUCAGCAAUCUACGCAUCACCCAAUCCACUAAUCCAUCCAUCAAUCCAUCAAUAAUCAAUCCCCUAAUCAAUC